AAGCAAUCAUAAAACCUACUAUCAUGUAUGGCGUACGUAAAAACACACAGAUUAAAACGAACAUCAGUCGUCUGUUUGGCAUUAAUUCAAUGAUUUUUCAAAGCUACGUUUCAUUGUCCACGUUUGACUGAGUUUACGUCCAAGUGAAAAAUUCUUUCAAACCCGUGAAGCCAUUCAUUUCGAAAAAUGAUACGGUUCGAUAACAACGAUGCAUUCUCGGAAGAAGUCAUCGAUAUCUACUUUAAGGAUACUCGAGUCAAAAGAAUUCUAAAAUCUAUGUACAAAAUCAACAGUGCGAUUGCUCUCCCUUCGAUGGUUCUCCUCAUUCCGAUAUUGGCCGGCUUCAUGGACCCUAGCAGGGACUAUAUUUUGUUGCUCUGCCUCGGUUUGCUCCCGAGUAUCUGCAUCUGUCAGACGUCUUCAUUAAUUGCCCGAUCUGCGAAAAAGAACCGAAGCGUGAGAUUGCUUAAGGCGUCGGCUGUCCUUGCAGUGUGUUAUUGUGUUUUUGGUAUCUUGGGACUCAUCUCGGUUGGGUCACUCGUUGUGUUCUCCAGCAAAGCGUGCGAAAGACCGACAUGUGUUAGUGACGCAAUUUGCUCGGCCGUGCUCUGUUUGAUCACCAUCAUCGGUGUAGUCUACAACAUUAUUCAUGCCAAACUGCUGAUUGCCGCCAUUUGGUACAACGAAGCCCUCGAAGAACGAGCAAAUUCUCUUGGCCUCGACGAAGUUCAAGAGGAUGGACCAAUCUCAACAAUCAGUGAAAGGGCGAAUGGAACAGAUUCUCCUUUAACUAGUGAACUUGGAUUCUCUUACCUGCGGAUGGAGAACCCUAUGGAAGUUUUCCCUUGAUAUCUGCUAUUCACCCAUAAAAACCAAAUAUGCAAAUCCCGGACGAGGAGCCAAAGUAAAAUCAGAAAUCAGUUCCAUGGAACUGGGGGAUCGGGGGUUAUGGGACACACUCUCACGAUUCUCUGAAGCGUUGACGCUGUAAAUGUCUGGCCGAGAAAAUUCGCAUGACUGACAAGAUGAUAAUCGUCUUGAGAUAAAUACCUUUCCCUGUCUGCUGCAUUAGGCAGUCUACCCUGGCGUAUACGAUUAGCAUCUCUUUUUUUUUUUGCAGUUUUGUUAGAAUUUAAAUUAAAUUAAGUUAAUAAGGUUGGGGGUUAUUGGGGACUUUAGAAUCUUCCCCAUAACUCCUUUUUGAU